AUGGCCGCUUUUAAACCUUACCGGUUCAUAAUUUUCGACCAGCAAAUAAAAAAUAACCAGUUCUAUAAAAGUAUUAUUACUCAACUGAACUUAUCAUUAUUGUGUAAAGAAAUAUAUCUUAAUGAAUCCUUUUCCUGUUAUCAAUAUGAAAAAUUGUUUUUAAAAAAGUUGGUAUAUUAUUCUUUUAAUAAUUUGGGGAAUAACUUGAAGGCAAGGGAAAUAAAAUGUUCAGGUCACUCAUCAGUAGAUACGGGCGAACAUAAAUUACAACAAUUAAUAAACAAUGUAAAUAAAAAUGAAAAUAAAAAUAUAAAUAUAAAUAAAAAUAUAAAUAAAAAUAUAAAUAAAAAUGUAAAUAUAAACAAUGCUGACCAUAAUAAAUGUUCGGAUAAUUCAUCUGAUUAUCACAAUUUUUAUGAAAAUGAAUGCAUGAACAAUUUAAAUUUAAUAAAUGACCUUGGGGAUAGACAUAAAAAUCAUCCUUUAUACAAUGUAAUGAUGAAAAAUAAAAAAAAGGAAUUAACUACACAAAGUGAUAUAAAUAAAUUAGUAAGCUUUCAUAUAUAUGAUAACAAAAAUGAGAAAACAUUUAAAAAUAUAUUAAGUUUAAAUGAUACAUAUAAUAUAGAUCAUAUGAAUAUAUUAUGUUUAAAUAAUUAUAAGCCUAUAUUCAACAUGUUAGAAAAUUACAGUAUAAAUAAUAAAAGGAUAUCUAUUUAUUAUCCUUUUUAUAUAAUAAAUGACGAUAAAAAUAAUAAACCUCAAAGUAACUUAUAUACAAAGGUUGCAGAUUAUUGUUAUAAUAUAGUUAGCGAUAUAUUACCUCUAAAUUAUAAAAACAUAAACUUAUCAGAUAUAAUAAAAGCAAUAAUUAUUAACACUGAACUAUGUCAGAAUGAAGGAAAUGAGAGAAUGGAGGUCCUCAAAUUUAUGGACAUCAUGGACAUAAUAGGAAAGAACUAG